AUGGGCAUAGAGGUAGAUGUUGAGGAGGGGGGCAUCGUCGAGCUGGCCGCGGCCGCCCUGAUGCUCGCGGUCCCGGCAUUCCUCGCGUACUAUGUUCUCAAGUGCAUGGUGCGCAACCUCACUGGCUUCUUCUCCACGAUCUACCUCAUCUACCGGUCCAUGGUGUUCUUCAUGGUGGUCACCGUCGGCAUCCUCUACCCGCUGUUCCGCACCGCGGAGGCCCUGAUGACCGAGGCGACACACGACGACCACGUCAUGCUCCACUACUGGUUCAUGUUCGCCGGCAUCACCCUCCUCGAGUCGAUCCUGGAGAACUUCUUCGGCAUCCGCAAGUACAGCCUCUUCGGCUACAACGAGCUCAAGGUCCUCCUCCUCACGUGGAUGGUCGCGCCGUGGUACGAGGGCGCCUCGGACGUGUACACGCAGGACAUCAAGUCCACGGCGCAGGUGUGGGUGGAGGCCAUCCGCCCGCACAUCGUGUGGCUCGAGCUCCUCAUGGGCCUCUCCCCCGCGGGCAUCUUCUCGCUCCUCCGCGAGGGCCACCUCUUCACGGGGAGCGCCGUGUCGGAGGACGACGAGAAGCAGCGCGCCAUCAACGUGGACAGGAUCUUCGAGAAGACGCUGCGGCGGCUGUUCCACACGCUCGCGCGCCUCGAAAAGACGGGCCGCUUCUGGGAGUCGUACUCGGCCAAGUUUGGCGAGGGCGCCGCGGGCAGCCGCCGCGCGAGGGGCCCGCAGGAGGACGACUCGUGGAUGCGCGACGAAGACUCGUUCUGA